AUGUCGCACGCAGGUCAUUUUGUCCACUGCGUCGACAGUCCCAAAUUCAAGCCGGACAACCUCAUCGAGGACUCGGAACGUCUCAAGAAAGCCAACGAACUACUUCUCAAAGAUGACCUGUACAAUGCCAGCCGAGUCAUUUUUGACCUGGCAGAGGUUGAUCAAUACACCUAUCAUGCGAUGGUCAGCGUGAAGCUCGCACAAGUUCAACACAUCGUUGAGCUUGGGGAUGAAAAAGGACUCCACGAUUGGUACCACAACGAAGACGGAACAUCGAAAGGGCAUCCGUCCAAGGCAGAUAUCGACGCCUACGUAUCAAUCUUUGCUCCUGGCACACUGACCUCAUCUGCGCUGAAGAACUUCAGCACAAAUGCCAAGAAAGACUCGUUGCGUGCCGAAGUUGCAGAGAAUCUGCUCUCAAAGCGCUUCAUCCACCCUUCGAGGGAGACAACCCUCACCAUACCAAAGGUGAAAAAGUCUGCACCGCAGAAUCCAUACUUUGACUUUUGGGCGUGGUCUUGCCGGGCUCUACAGUGGUGUGGACCGUCGCCGUCAGCUGAGAGAAGAACCGGAAGUCACCAUGUGCUCCCUAUUUUCAUGCACCACUUUGGCUGCGCGACACCUUCGCAUGAGUCUUUGGAAAUACUCAGGCUACUUUCGAACGGCAGGACUGUGGCUGAUAUUGGCUCUGGCAAUGGUUAUUGGGCAUACAUGCUGCGUCGUUAUGGGCUGACGGUCAAUCCCGUCGACAACAUGCAGAGUGAGUGGAGGGUCAACUGGGUCGACGACACUGUCAUCUCGGAUGGCGUGCAGUGGUUGAAGAAGCACAAAAAUGGGAAAGACAUGGUACUGUUGCUGGUGUACCCCGUGGUGGGCGGGAGCAUAGGGGGAGGCUCAGAAGGUGGCUUCACCCGCGACCUCGUCAAGGCAUACCAGGGCGACACGAUAGCAGUUGUGGGUACGCAAAACCACAACGGCUACACGGGCUUCAAGAAGUGGACCAUGUCCGAGUACAUGGCGAACGAACAUAAGGAUUGGACCAAGGUCGUUCAAAUACCACUGCCUAGCUUCGGAGGCAAGGAUGAGGCGCUUUUCGUCUUUCAAAGGGGCGACAGAGCGCCGAAAUAG